AUGAUUGGUAAGCUAAGUAAUUGGAUAAAGUUUACUGAGAAAUACUCAAUUCUUUAUAUCAAUUUUGAAUACCAAGGGGAAAAAUACCUAGGAUAAGCUUGUGCGUCUAGCUUCUUUUAAGCUAAAAUAACUAGCUCUAUUCUUCCAUAUAAAUUUUAUUAUAAAAAUGAUUAUAUGACAUGUGGUCUUACAGAUGGAAAUCGGACAGCUCCACAAUAUCAUAGAUUAUUACCUUAAAAUAAUUAGAACCAAAUUGAAAUAAAUAGUCAUCAAAGACUUCUAAAUUCGAAUAUUAGUAGUGGCAAAAAUACCAGUAGUUCUAAUUCUACUUCUAAAGAUUCUUGUUUUGCAGAUUAUAUAUGGAGUGAUGUUAAAAUAGCUAGCUGGCUAUGUCAGGAUAAAGAAUUUAAUGUAGAAGAUUAUAUAAAACCUAAGGAUUGCUAUGUUAACUUUUUUAAUGGGAAUGAAGCAUUUAUAAACGGCUUAUUAAGAUAUCCAAUGAAAGACGUAUAUAGCUUUCCUUUAGUAUCGUAUUAGCCUUAUGCUUACUUUCCUAAAAUUGAUUUAAUAUGUUUGAUAUUAUUUAGCUAUUAUAAUUGGAUAUUAUCAUUUAAUUCAAUAUUUUUGUACACUACAAAUUGUUUUCUCUAAUAUAUAUAAACCCUUUAAAAGCCUAUGGUUUUUUUUAAAAUAAUACCAAGUUAUAAAACAAACCCAACAUAAUAGGAUUGA